GCGUGGUGCGGUCCGUUAAGGAGACCCUUAGCAGCCAGUUUGUGGAGAACUGCAAGGGCGUCGUUCAGAGGCUGACGCUGCAGGAGCAUAAGAUGGUGUGGAACCGAACAACCCAUCUCUGGAACGACUACGAGAAGAUCAUCCACCAGAGAACCAACACCACCCCCUUCGACCUGGUCCCGCAGGAGGAAGGUGCUGGCGUCACCGUCAGGGUGAUGAAGCCGCUGGAUGCCGCUGAGCUCAGCCUGGAGACGGUGUACGAGAAAUUUCAUCCCUCUGUCCAGUCCUUCACCGACGUCAUCGGCCACUACAUCAGUGGAGAGCGCCCGAAGGGCAUUCAGGAGACGGAGCAGAUGCUGAAGGUGGGCACGGCGCUGACAGGGGUGGGAGAGCUGGUCCUGGAUAACACCAUGAUCAAGCUGCAGCCCCCAAAGCAGGGCAUGCCCUACUACCUGAGCAGCGUGGAUUUCGACUCCUUGCUGCAGAAACAAGAAUCAAACGUCCGGUUCUGGAAAAUCCUGACCGUCGUUUUCGGUUUUGCCACCUGCGCUGUCCUGUUCUUCAUCCUACGGAAGCAAUACCAGCAUCACCGAGAGCAGCGGCACCUCAAGCAAAUGCAGGAUGAAUUCCGGCAGGCCCAGGAGCGCCUGAUGCGCGAAAUGAACGUGGAGGGCGGAGAGACGCUCAAACACGCCUGCGUCAUCUGCUUGAGCAACACCAAAUCCUGCGUCUUCCUGGAGUGCGGGCAUGUUUGCUCUUGCAACGAGUGCUACCAGGCUCUCCCUGAGCCCAAAAGGUGCCCAAUCUGCAGGCAGGCCAUCGCCAGGGUGGUUCCCUUAUACAACAGUUAA